AAAUGACUUUGAAGUUUUGAACUAUAUAUUCGAGGCAAGGCAAGGAUACAUUUAAUAAUUGUGAGAUAAAAAUGGGCUGUGAUCCACCAUAUGUUGUUCCAAAGUAUGAUAAAUUUUGCAGCAUAAAAGGCAUACCACAAUUAGAGGAACUCGAAAAGGCAUUGGCUAAGAAAGGCCUGAAAGAUCCGUGGAUAAGGAAUGAGAUAUGGAGAUAUCAACCCGCCUUCGGUACUAAAAUGCAAAGGGCCUGGUAUUUGUUCUUCCGAGGCCUGCCGGUUGGAUUGGCACUGACUAUAGCCACAGUGGCUCUUGAGAAGACUCUCGGUGGUGAUGGACAUGGAGGACACGGAGAGCAUAAGAAAUAAAAUUAAUUUUAAUAAAAUUCGACCA